AUGAAGGCACAGAAAGAGAAGAUUUUCGACCCUGAUGGCGACGUGUUGCUGAUACUCCGCCCCACCUGUUUCUUGUUCGGUACAGAUAGUCUUGAGGCCAAAGUCUCUUCAAGACAUCUCAUAUUGGCGUCACGCGUGUUUCGUGCCAUGUUCAACGGCAAUUUUCGCGAGGCUGCUGAGCUGCGCAGUCAAGAAGUGACCAAAGUACCUUUGCCCGAUGAUAACCCUAAUGCGAUGGUUAUUCUAUUGAACAUCGUGCAUGGACUAAACGGACAAGUACCGACGAAGAUCAGUGAGACCUUUUUUCUCGACAUUAUCAUGCUGAUCGACAAGUAUGAACUCUACGAAGCAGCAUAUGUCUUCACCGACAUCUGGUUUGGAUAUCUCUGGAAAUGGACCGAAAGCCCACCUCCCCGUCUCUUUCACUGGAUCCACAUCUGUUGGGUGUUAAGGAGAGCAUCCGAAUUCAAGUCUCUGACUCAGACUGCGAUCCUGGAGAGUCAGUCUGGCCUCGGACAGUCUGAUACAGGGCCUUGUCCAGCCUUCAUCGUCAGUAACUAG